CCACGCCGGUCUGGAGGAGAGGAGCAGGAGCACAGCCGUGAACCAGUCAAUUUCCGCCGGUACUGCCUCUGACAAGGCUUUUCCCUCUUUGGUUUCUUUUCUGAUUGAAUCCCAAAUCUGCACGCCCAUUACUGAGAGUGGCGUUUUCUUGCUGAUCAGGCCACUUUUUACCUCAUUCUUCGAAGAUUUCUACUCGAUUGAUUGCUCAGAAACGAGAUAGGGAUCAAGAAAGAAAUUGAUCGACCACAACAAAAAUGAAUGGCACAGAGGGUAACAAUUUCUAUGUACCGUUUUCCAACCGAACGGGGUUGGUACGUAGCCCUUUUGAGUAUCCCCAAUACUACCUGGCGGCACCCUGGAAGUUCUCCACGCUGUGCGCCUACAUGUUCCUGCUCAUCAUGCUGGGCUUCCCCAUCAACGGCCUGACGCUCUUGGUCACCUUCAAGCACAAGAAGCUCCGGCAGCCCCUCAACUUCAUCCUGGUCAACCUGGCAGUGGCUGGGCUUUUCAUGGUGUGCUUUGGCUUCACCAUCACCUUCUACUCAGCCAUGAACGGCUACUUCGUGUUUGGCCCCAUCGGCUGUGCAAUUGAGGGCUUCUUCGCCACGCUAGGAGGUGAGGUGGCUCUCUGGUCUCUGGUGGUCCUGGCCAUUGAGAGGUACAUUGUGGUCUGCAAGCCCAUGGGCAACUUCCGCUUCUCCUCCACCCACGCCUUCAUAGGCAUCAUGUUCACCUGGGUUAUGGCAUUCUCCUGUGCAGCACCCCCCUUGAUCGGCUGGUCUAGGUACAUUCCAGAAGGCAUGCAGUGUUCCUGUGGGCCUGAUUACUACACUAUGAACCCCCAGUACAACAAUGCCUCCUACGUCAUCUACAUGUUUGUUGUGCACUUCUUCAUUCCUGUCGUUGUCAUCUUCUUCUCGUAUGGGCGUCUCAUUUGCAAAGUCAAGGAGGCUGCAGCGUCCCAGCAGGAGUCAGCCACGACUCAGAAGGCAGAACGGGAAGUAACGCGCAUGGUGAUCCUCAUGGUGAUUGGCUUCCUAACGGCAUGGGUACCCUACGCCAGCGUGGCCUUGUGGAUCUUCCUGAAUCAGGGGGCCGACUUUUCUGCCACCUUCAUGACCGUCCCCGCCUUCUUCUCCAAGAGCUCUUCCUUGUACAACCCCAUCAUCUACGUGCUGCUCAACAAACAGUUCCGAAACUGCAUGGUCACCACCAUCUGCUGCGGGAAGAACCCCCUGGGUGACGACGAAGUCUCCUCCACAGCGUCCCAGAGCAAGACAGAAGUGUCAUCAGUGUCUUCCAGUCAGGUGUCCCCGGCCUAGACCUGGCUCCAUCCCUCCCACCAGCCCCUCCCACCACCCCACCCCUCCUGGCUUGUCGAUUUGUCUAAUUUUCAUUUGCAUGAACUGCAACCAAAAAGGGAAAAAAAAGAAAAACACAUGUAUAUUUAUAUGGAUAUUUUUAUUUGUCAAUAAAACCAGCAGGCUUGAAAAGGCGAUGAUCUUUUUGCUUUCGAAGAAACCCACCUGUCAUCCAUCCAUUCUAUUAGUCCUCCCACUCAGCCCAGCUCCACCGAUUCCACAGCUUCGUCUGAAAGAGCUCUGCUACUCCCUGUUCAGGUUUGCUUUUUACAAAGAAGAAACCAUCAUUUUUGUAACCAGUUUUCUUUGUGUUUGGUGAGUAGCCUGACAGCCACAUGUGCUUUGGGAAAAUUAGCAUCCUGGAUGAUAUGGAGUAAAGGGGGGUCUCCUGAACAGGUUCAAUCAACAACACAAAGAAGAAAAGUCAAGGACACCAUUGGCAAGGCAUGACGUCAUGUUGCUGCAGGCAACCCUGUGCAUCUCUGCCAGACACACAGCUCAUGUCCUGGCUCUGAUGUCCCUGGACAGAGCACCACUCCAAGUGUUUUGAGGUUUUUCUUCUAGACAUCCUUAUGGACGUUCCCCACAGAAAACCAGCAAAGUGUUUCUGCAGGUUUCCCACAUUUCUGCCCUGGAAGUACUUACUUGGUGUAAUGUCUUGAGUGGCCACACUUCUCUGUACUACACUGCCUUCACUGAGCUUCACUGCACUUUGCUGUGUUUGACCAUAAUUAUAUAUGUAUAGGCUGUCAACCAUAGAACAUUUCAGAUAUCAGUGUUUCUCUGUUAUUUUCUUAUGAAGGUACAGGAUUUCUGAUAUUGAGAAAAUGAUCUGAGGUAUCAAAAAUUCUGUUCUAAAUGCAAAUGCUGAUACCAAUAAAAAGAGCUGUUGAUGUUAAUGAACUUUUUUUUAACAUGAUCUGAGGAUCUUGGUCACGGCUGGUUUCAUUCUCAUCAGAAGGCAGCCAAAAGAGAGGGAUGUCUAUUGAAACAACAACUCGUCGAUUACAGAGCGGGGACUUUCUGAGAUGCUUGACAUGUAUCUUUUAGGUGGACACUUAAAAAUCUGUGGAAAGAAGUGAGGGGGUAAUGAAAGUGAAGGCAGUGGUGAGGGUACUCCUGUGCUCCCUUGGGCUUUGCUUUGAUGCUGUGGAUCUGGAGACUGACUGACUGGUCAUUGACAGAAGCUGUAGAGCCUUCUCCUCCUGGGUCCAGCGGGACACCGGGCUCAGCCAAGCAAAGCCCAAUUGAGCUCCAUGCACUGCGAAUAGCCCCCAUAAACCUGGGAGAGCCGGAGCGCAAGCCAACACACAUUGAAAGGGAAAUCUUGACGUGACUUUCGGGAUGUUUUGUAUUUCUGCUGUUAGUGACAUGGGACUGUGGGAUGUCGCAGUGCUCUAGGCUGUCCUCUAGGCUCAUUCUGUAUAUCAAAAACUAAAACUCACUCGUCUCCCAAGUCUCCAGGUGUUGCCUGUACAAGAGGCUUCAUUUCGGCUCUGCAAGCUGCAUAUCCGUUUGUUGCUUCUUUCUUGUUUUUAUUGGGGUUUUUUGUCACUGUGCGAAUGAUUCCUCGGUUUGACCAUGUCACCAUUGCUGUAUAUAUUUUAUAAAUAACUUGUUUCAUGUUAAUUUGUAAAAUCAAAGGAUAGAGGUAAAUAGGUAAAUAAAUGCAUGCA